CGGUUCUCAGACAUAGUGCCGACUGGACGGAAUAAUAAAAAAAUAUAUAUUUAUUUCAAACAUUAACAAUGCCGCCGAUAGCUGUGCCUAACGAGGCACCAAAGAAAUCGCUUCGUGUUGCUCUUAUAGGUCAGAGCACCUUUGCCGCGGAGGUUUUUAAAUUACUUCAAAAAGAUGGUCAUCAAGUGGUUGGUGUCUUCACAGUGCUAGACAAAGGCAAUAGAGAAGACCCCCUGGCUACAAUUGCAGUAAAAAAUAACGUCCCAGUGUUCAAAUAUAAAACAUGGAGAAUAAAAGGAAAAGUGAUCCCAGAAAUUCUAGAAGAAUACAAAUCGGUGAAUGCAGAGCUAAAUGUUCUCCCAUUCUGCACCCAGUUCAUUCCGAUGGAAGUCAUAUUAUUCCCUAAAUAUCAGAGCAUUUGCUACCAUCCAAGUAUCUUGCCUAGACACCGUGGCGCUUCUUCUGUUAACUGGACUCUUAUCGAGGGUGACACAACAUGUGGUCUCUCUAUAUUCUGGGCUGAUGAUGGUUUGGACACUGGCCCCAUUCUGCUUCAGAAAUCUUUCCCCUGUACCAUUGAUGACACCGUGGACACAAUUUACAAUAGAUAUCUCUAUCCAGAAGGUAUAAAGGCAUUAGGAGAAUCAGUAAAUAUGGUUGCUAAUGGAACGGCACCAAAAAUCACACAAACUGAAGAAGGAGCUACUUACGAUCCCGCUCUAUUCAAGCCAGAGACACACCAGAUCGACUGGAGUAAAGGUGGUGUCGCCUUACAUAAUUUCAUCAGAGGAUUGGAUUCAUCACCCGGUGCAACCACUUUUAUUAAGCCACAAACCAAAGACGGGGUUAAUGAGGGGAGUGAAGCUAAUAUAGAAAUAAAGUUUUUCGGAUCAUCUCUUUGGGAAGGCGAGUAUGAAACAGAAGGAGAUAAAAUCUAUAUUCCUGGACUAAAGAAACCCGCUGUUAUUCAUGAAGCUGGUUUAUUAAUCACAGCAAAUGAUGGUAUCAAGUUAAAUAUUCAGAGAUUAAAAGUAAAUGGGAAAAUGAUUGGUGCACAGAACUUCUUCAAGACUAAUGAGAACAAAGUAUCAUUAGAAUUAACAGAAGAAGAAAAGCAAUUCGUUGAAAACGCAAGAAACGUUUGGAAAGCAAUCCUUAGAAUUGAUAUUGAAAGUGAUACCGACUUUUUCGAAUCUGGUGCUGGAUCUAUGGAUGUAGUAAGAUUAGUAGAGGAAGUUAAAGAUAUUGUCAAUCUAGAAUUACAGAAUGAAGACAUUUACAUGAAUACAACGUUUGAAGAAUUCUACACAGUAGCAAUUCUAAAGGCGAGAGGAGGUUCAGGAAAUCAAGAAAUCGUUUAUGACGGUGUUGAACUCGAAGUAAAUAAAAUGAAAAUCAAAUUCCCCACACAAUUAUUCAUCAAUGGCGAAUUUGUGAACGCUGAUAGUGGAAAGAAAUUAACGUUAAUAAAUCCUAGUGACGAAUCUGUUAUAUGUACAGUAGAAAGCGCAUCCAAAAACGAUGUAGACAAGGCCGUUAAAGCAGCGCAUAAAGCUUUCGAAGAGGGUGAAUGGUCUAAAAUUAGUGCCAGGGAACGAGGACAAAUAUUAUUUAAGUUAGCAGACUUAAUGGAACAACACAAAGAGGAACUAGCAACUAUCGAAUCAAUAGACUCCGGUGCAGUUUAUACAUUAGCUUUAAAGACCCACAUAGGAAUGUCAAUAGAAACAUGGAGAUACUUCGCGGGGUGGUGUGACAAGAUCCAAGGCUCUACCAUACCUAUCAACCACGCGAGACCAAACAGAAAUUUGACGAUGACAAAGAAAGAGCCCAUUGGUGUUUGUGCUUUGAUCACACCAUGGAAUUAUCCUUUGAUGAUGCUGUCAUGGAAGAUGGCUGCUUGUUUGGCGGCUGGAAAUACUGUUGUUAUGAAGCCGGCUGCUGUAUGUCCACUAACAGCGCUCAAAUUCGCGGAGCUGUGUGUGCGGGCGGGAGUGCCCCCGGGAGUAGUCAACAUCCUCCCCGGUAGCGGGACAGUGUGCGGACAGGCAUUGGCCGACCAUCCCCUCGUGAGGAAACUGGGUUUCACAGGCAGUACUGAGAUCGGAAUAUCGGGUAUGGGUUCAGUAUUCUUUAACAAAGGUGAAAACUGCAUCGCUGCGGGUCGCCUCUUUGUAGAGGAAUCGAUACACGAUGAAUUUGUGAGAAGAGUUAUUGAAGAAACCAAGAAAAUGAGUAUCGGCGACCCCUUGAACAGAGGCACAGCGCAUGGACCUCAGAACCAUAAAGCACAUAUGGAUAAAUUAAUUGAGUUCGUAGAGCGAGGUAUACAAGAUGGCGCCAAGUUAGUGUAUGGAGGCAAGCGUGUGGACAGACCGGGUUAUUUCAUGGAGCCGACCAUAUUCGUUGACGUCACUGAUGACAUGUGGAUCGCGAAGGAAGAGUCCUUUGGUCCAAUCAUGAUUAUUAGCAAGUUUAGCAGCAAGAAUAUCGAUGACGUGAUCCGCCGCGCAAACAACACGGAAUACGGUCUAGCGAGUGGUGUGUUCACAAAGGAUGUGUCGAGAGCGAUGCAGUUCGCCGAAAAGAUAGAUGCAGGAACGGUGUUCGUCAACACUUACAAUAAGACCGAUGUGGCCGCGCCUUUCGGUGGCUUCAAGCAGUCUGGCUUUGGAAAAGAUUUAGGUCAAGACGCUCUCAACGAAUACCUCAAAACAAAAACAGUUACAAUAGAAUAUUAAGAAAAUAGAGUACAAUAAAUAUACCGUAUUUAAGAUUUAUAAAUGUAAUGUAUUUUUAAUAAAUGCUCAUUUA